GCUCGUGGGGUCGCACGGUCGAGGUCAGGCUUGAUAUCUCAAGUAUAUACCAUGCAACUCUCAAUAGUGGCUGGGAGACGAUGAAGGACAGUCUGGUGGCUGGCAGUGUGUCUGGAGCUCUCACCAGGCUCUUUACCUGUCCCCUGGACGUCCUCAAAAUACGCUUCCAGCUUCAACUGGAGCCCAUAUCCCAAUUGUCCCAGAGCUCCAAGUACAAGAGUGUACUGGAUGCAGUGAGGACCAUUCUUAGGGAGGAGGGAAUCAGAGCCUUCUGGAAAGGUAUGUUUGUUGGGCAGGUGUUGUACGUGGUGUACAGUGGAACACAGUUUUACACAUUUGAGACAUGCAAAGCAAGAGUCCACGAAACCUUCCCCAACCUUUCACCCCAGUUGGGAUGUUGGUUAGUUUUGACCAACUUUGGUGUGGGGACAGUGGCUGGAGGUGUGGCUGCAUUUGCCAGUCACCCUCUGGAUGUAAUCAGGACACGAUUUGUAGGACAGGGGGAGCCUAAGAUCUACCCCAGUGUCCCCAGAGCUGUCAUACUGAUGUACCACGAGAAGGGUGUUCUCACAUUUUAUAGAGGUAAAUCAAUAUUAUACUGAGGACCCUCUUAUAUACAAUUAGCACUCUGAGUAAAGGACACCUGUUAGGAAGGUCGAUCAUACUUCACUUUAUUAUUAAAAUUGACCGAGAACCUCUGUACUGGAACGAAUGGCACGUCAUAUAUUUUCUGGUCUUUUACCAUCUCUGAUGUACACUGCUGCACAGGCUGGACUCUCAUUUGGGUUCUACCACGGAUAUAUCAAGUUGCUGACACACUAUGCGCCAUUUAUACAUCAAUCUCUGCUCUUCCCACUGUGUGGAGCUGUGGCUGGAGUCUGCAGCAAGACCAUCGUCCUUCCCUUUGACCUCAUCAAGAAACGUCUAGCGGUCCAGGGAUUUGAGGAGGCCAGGAAACAGUUUGGAAAAACUGCUCGCUACAGUGGAGCCAUACACUGCUUCAGGAAAAUUGUACGGGAUGAGGGAGCUAUGGCAUUCUACAAGGGCACUGCACCAUCCAUCAUAAAGGCCGGGUUCAGCGUAUCACUGUCCUUUCUGUUCUAUGAACACACACUACACUGGCUAAAAUCAAGACAUAAUUAGCAGCAUUCCAUGUUUAUCAUGAAAACUAUUUUGUUACAUUUUUACUGCAUCUUUUGGCAAAAAGGAGUGUAAAAGGCAGUGAGUGUAUAAGUGGACAAGUUGAUGUGGGUUGCACCGUUGGAGCACACAAAGGAAUAGGUGAUACGAUCGUCACUGGUUCUUCAUCUGGUAGCCGUGUUCAUAGAUGUACUGUGCCAGCUCCUUCUUGUCAGCCACUCCCUCAUACAGUGACCCCAGACAGUCCGAGUGUUGUUUCGGAGACAAAGACUCUGGGCACCGACUCUCGUGCCAGCGGUGGAUGAGGGAGGGGUCUGGUGCCUUCAACACCUCCAGUUUAGCCUUGAGAAUGGCAUCGUACAGCAUGACAUCCUCCAGACCCCACCCCUCAAUCUGGAUGUCCAGGCCACCCACCGCCGUGUAGUCCGACUUGUAUAUGCAGAGCAUCCCGUAGCUAUAGUAGAACCAGUGGCCACUCUGCCUGUUGAUUGGAGGUUUUCCCGACUUUGGGUUUUUGGUGUGGGAGUGUCUCGGGUCGUAGAGUUUGAAGACCACGGGGUAAAACACCCUCUGACCCUGGAUAGUGUUACGCCUGCAGCGGUCCAUGAAGGAACGCUCUAUGGUGAUGUCGACGUCGCAGAUGAAGACGAGGUCGUCGUUUCCUAGAGAAGAAAUCCCGUGAUGGAGCGCCCGACCACGGGAGAAGGUCCCCUCACCGUGGAUGAGGGAUAUUCGGGCCGACUUGUGGCGGGAGCGGUAGUGAUCAAUUGUCUUCUCCAGUUCAGAGGUGUCCUCCUGAUAGACCACAAGCACCAGGUGGACUGCGUCCUUGUGCUUCAGAAAGUCUGUCUCAAAGUUUCCCAUAAACUCUAAAAAGCGAUUGUUGACAUUAGAGAUUGGCACUACGACGUUGACGACUCUAUUGGAGGCGGCUAUGUCUGGUAGGGCUAUGGGAUCUGACGGAACCUGCACAAAACUGACACGUCUAGAGAAAGGUUUGGCCACGCAGUUUAAGCAUGUGUCUACGUAGCUUGCGUCGACGAUGUACUCGUAGCCUCGUGUGGGGUUGUACCUGACAUACCCACCGGUGAGGUCCUUCAUUCGAACACUCUUCCCAAGCUCUCUACUCACUAACUGGGUCGCAUGUUCUAGUGCUGUCUUGAUGCCAGCGUCAGCAUUGUGGUCUGCAUGUCUCCAGUGCACCAUACUCACAGUACUAUCGUCAAAGACGGCCAAAGGAGUGAAAUACUGCCAGCUCUGUAGAUCAAACUUGUCUUUUGCGUAGUACUUGGGAGGAACGUGGGGCUCUGAGUGGUGAGUGUGGGAUAGAUUACCUGCGUAAACAUUAACACUUCUUGCAAAGGAGGGAAUAGUUCUGGGUAGGGGCAUCAUUUCUAUUUCAGGUUCGCGGUAGAGUCUGGUGUUCACAGCAUAUGUGGUCCAACCAAUGAGAAUCCCAGCAACAAAUGCCAGUGUCCACCGAGGUACAGUGUUCAACCUGCUCCACGGAUAUGACAUUGUACUUCCUUGCCCUCCUAUGUAGCUUGUAAGUCCGCUAGUGAGUGUCCCGCUCCACCUUCGGAACAACCUGGCUACGUUCCCGGCCCCUGGCGUUCUAUGUGAGGUGAGAGUAGACCGGGGAACAACAAGGCGUGUCAGCAGGAAGACGACCCGGCGGUGGCAGGAGACGCUGAUACCUGGAGGUCGCGACAAGGAAGACUGAUUAAAACUCGGGAGAACACAUCCAAGAGCUAGUACGAUCACUUCAUAGCCAGCUCAGCGGAGCUCCGGACAGGCCAGAAAACGGUUGGGGAAUCAUUCUC